GCUGACCUGACUACAGAUAAAGCCUAGAACAUGGACUAAUUAAGCGAUUGAAACGACAUGCCGAUAUCUCCCUCGCCACAGGGCCAACUUCAACCAUGCUGGCGCGAAUAUUGUGUUUAAGGGGUGGUAGAUUCGGCUCUAUUCUUCGAAAGUCUUUCCAGCGAUGUCCUUCAAUAAAAGGUUACCUCAAUUUGUCUGUAUAAGAAGCUGUCGAUCAUCCACCCUGAGACGAUUUUAAUUCACAAGGGCAUUCGUUUCUACUCUCCCUCUUGCAUCCUUUCACAUCACCCCUAAUAAGUAAUACAAAGUCGAAUUAACAGCCUUAGCCUAUCAUUAUCAUAUAACAAUUGAUACUAUACAAUUUUAAUCCAUAUUUUCGGCGUCUAAUACACCUGGAAUUAUCAUACACCUCACCCAUACAUAACCUCUAAUUCACAAUAUUUAAUCCAACUUCUCUUGUCCUGACGAAGAACCAACAAAUUCGAACCAUCAACAAAAUAUAUCAAAAGAAAUGGCGACAUCCCUUACAAACUUGGGGGUCCAAUACAUGCCCUCAACAGGAGGGUGUAUGGUCGACUUAGCCGCUAUACCACCAGGCAUGUUCGAUUCUUGUAAGGCUAUACACGUCAAACUUCCCGAAGAGCAACAUCAGAUAGAUGUCCAUUCGAAUAUGAUAUGUAUACAACCCUCAAAAUCGGUGUCUGCGCCCUAUCGCGAACAAUAUUUGUAUCCCGACGCCUCGCCUCCCCCGUUAGCUACGAAUUCACCAAAGGAACGACCAAAAGAGCAGGUACAAGAAAAACCUCCACCCCCAAAGCCGGAAAGCCCUACGGAAAGGCCCCAACCUGCGAAUAAUGGCGGUAAUGAAGACGACGGUGGUCCGAAUAACCCCGAGAGGUCUAAUAUGCCGGCCGAACAUCCCGAAGCUCCAUCGCCGACGAUACAGACCUAUGUUAGACCAGCGCAGUCUACUUUGCUUACUACUUGCACCUCUAUGGCUACUCAUUCUCAAGUCACCUAUAUAUUACAGUCAUCAAUUUUGGUUCAUUCCCCAACUUCGUUCUCUACUAUCACUUCUCACCUUUCUAGAGUUUCCAACACCCCAGUAACACAUUUCUCCACCAUCUCAAGCCCCCCAUCCACCAUAACCAUCACGCCAACCCCCACACCCCUCCCGGAGCGUCCCGCAACCCCACCACCCGCCCCAGCGGACCCCGAACCUCUUCCCUCAUACUGCGGCUCCAGCUACGUAAAAAUGGACAUGACAACCAUCGAAACAAUGGACACCCACGACUUCGACGUAUACCUCGACCUACUCGGUCUCGGCUCCCUAGGUCUAGACCUAGAACACGGGAUCAGCGGUCUAAUCGACAGUCUCCUAGGCACCGACUCUAACCCCGACUCCGAGCAUACACGCACCGUGCAUCAAGAACUCGAGCACUCAUAUCGCGUGCUCUGCAGUGUGGAUGAUCCGAAUCUAGACUUCAGCGUCGAGCGUGCUGAACGUGUAGCUACGACAGAUUCGCAGAACCUGUGUCUGGAAGAGUGUGAGAAAGAUGCCGUGGCUAAGGCGAGGGAUGGGGAGGUUAAGGAUUGUCUAGGCGCGGCUUGGCAUCGGAGUUUGGAACAUGAUAAUUGUCGUUUUUGGACGGGAGAAGACGAGCUUUUACCGGUUGAGAGGAUGAUGGGGGAGAAAGGAGGAGAGUGGGAUUUGGUUUAUUUAUAGUAUGGGUUGGGAGGUAUGGGUAUGGAUGGAAAUAGGGGUAUAUUUGGGUAUUCAGCGAUUCUUAUGGAUGGGCGUUGCUGGGAUAUUUAAGAAAAGUAGUGAUAGUUUUUAAUGUUAAUGUUUUUUGCUUCUUUAUCA